AAUGGAAAUUCCAGAUUCAAAUGACCCCUUAGGUCAUGUGGAUAGACUUGAGAGACCAAUUCCAACACCCAAAGGUUACUUCCUGACCUUUUUGGAACCAGUAAACAAUAUCACUGUAGUCCAGGGGCAAACAGCAAUCCUCCACUGCAAGGUAGCAGGAAAUCCAUCUCCAAACGUCAGAUGGCUAAAAAACGAUGCUCCAGUGGUUCAGGAGCCAAGACGGAUCAUCAUCAGAAAAACAGAUUAUGGUUCACGACUGAGAAUCCAGGAUCUGGAUACCACAGACACGGGAUACUACCAGUGCGUGGCUUCAAAUGGCAUGAAGACAAUAACUGCAACAGGAGUGUUGUUUGUCAGGCUUGGUCCAACAAACAGCCCGAAUCAUAAUCUUCAGGAAGAUUACCACGAAGAUGGGUUCUGUCAGCCGUACAGGGGGAUUGCAUGUGCUCGAAUCAUCGGAAACAGGACCAUUUACGUGGACUCCCUCCAGAUGCAAGGGGAAAUUGAAAACCGAAUUACUGCUGCGUUUACCAUGAUUGGCACUUCCACGCACUUGUCCGACCAGUGCUCCCAGUUCGCCAUCCCAUCCUUCUGCCACUUCGUGUUCCCCCUGUGUGACGAGCGCUCCCGGACCCCUAAGCCACGGGAACUGUGCCGGGAUGAAUGCGAAGUUCUGGAGAACGAUCUCUGCAGGCAGGAGUACAACAUUGCUAGGUCAAACCCCCUCAUCUUGAUGCAGCUGCAGUUGCCUAAGUGUGAGGACCUCCCACGACCUGACACCUUGGAAGCUGCCAACUGCAUAAGGAUUGGGAUCCCUGUGGAGAGGCUCAGCCGAUAUCAUCAGUGCUACAAUGGCUCUGGAGCGGACUACAGAGGGACGGUCAGCGUUACCAAGUCUGGCCACACUUGCCAGCUCUGGGACUCCCAGAGUCCCCACAACCACGAUCUGACAAGCACACAGUUUCCAGAGCUAGGCGGAGGACAUGCGUAUUGUCGAAAUCCUGGAGGUCAGAUGGAUGGUCCCUGGUGUUUCACAAAGAAUAAAAACGUACGCAUGGAACUGUGUGACAUACCUUCUUGUAGUCCACAUGACAACAGCAAAAUGGGAAUCCUCUACAUCCUUGUUCCCAGCAUAGCCAUUCCUCUGGUGAUAGCCUGCCUUUUCUUCCUGGUGUGUAUGUGCAGAAACAAGCAGAAGGCAUCUGCUGCUACACCACAGCGUCGCCAGCUGAUGGCAUCUCCCAGCCAGGACAUGGAAAUGCCUCUCAUUAAUCAACACAAACAGGCUAAGCUUAAAGAAAUUAAUCUGUCCACUGUGCGUUUCAUGGAGGAACUAGGAGAGGAGAGGUUUGGCAAAGUCUACAAGGGUCAUCUUUUUGGUACAGCACCAGGUGAACAGACACAAGCUGUUGCCAUCAAGACGCUUAAAGACAAAGCAGAACUGGCUCUUCGUGAAGAAUUUAAACAUGAGGCAAUGAUGAGAUCACGAUUACAGCACCCAAACAUUGUUUGUUUGCUGGGAAUAGUGACCAAGGAGCAACCUAUAAGUAUGAUAUUCAGUUAUUGUUCCCACAGUGACCUCCAUGAGUUCUUAGUGAUGAGAUCUCCCCAUUCAGAUGUUGGCAGCACCGAUGAUGACAAGACAGUAAAAUCCACUCUGGAACCAGCAGACUUCUUCCACAUUGUGACUCAGAUUGCUGCAGGAAUGGAAUAUCUUUCAAGCCACCAUGUUGUCCACAAGGACUUGGCCACUAGAAAUAUACUGGUGUUCGAUAAACUGAAUGUGAAAAUAUCUGAUUUAGGCCUUUUCAGGGAAGUUUAUGCUGCUGAUUACUACAAACUGAUGGGAAAUUCCCUUCUUCCUAUCCGGUGGAUGUCCCCUGAGGCUAUUAUGUAUGGCAAGUUUUCUAUUGAUUCAGAUAUAUGGUCAUACGGAGUCGUGUUGUGGGAAGUUUUCAGCUAUGGCCUGCAGCCUUACUGUGGUUAUUCCAACCAGGAUGUCAUUGAGAUGAUCAGGAACCGACAGAUUUUGCCGUGUCCCGAUGACUGCCCCACGUGGAUAUACACUUUGAUGUUGGAGUGUUGGAAUGAAUUUCCCAACAGAAGACCAAGAUUUAAAGAUAUACAUAACAGACUAAGAACAUGGGGAAAUCUUUCUAACUACAACAGCUCAGCGCAAACUUCUGGGGCGAGCAACACCACGCAAACAAGUUCCCUCAGCACAAGCCCUGUUAGCAAUGUCAGCAACGCUAGAUACAUUGGACCAAAGCAGAAAACUCCAGCCUUCCCUCAACCUCAGUUCAUACAAAUGAAAGGCCAGAUGAGACCUAUGGUCCCACCUCCGCAGCUCUACAUUCCAGUCAAUGGUUACCAGCCAAUGCCCGCCUAUGGUGCUUACUUGCCAAAUUUUUAUCCUGUCCAAAUUCCAAUGCAGAUGGCUCCUCAGCAGAUGCCUCCCCAGAUCAUUCCCAAACCAGGCUCCCACCACAGCGGGAGCGGAUCCACCAGCACAGGCUACGUAACGACGGCGCCUUCCAACGCGUCGGUGGCCGACAGGGCUGCUCUGCUGUCAGAAGGCACAGAUGACACACACAAUGGAACGGAAGAUAUUGCCCAGAACCCUGUCCAGGAGGAGGAGGAGGAAGAGAGCUCCGUGCCUGAAACAGAAUUGCUGGGUGAUAAUGACACACUGCAGAUGGACGAGGCAGAAAUCCAGUCAGAAGCCUAAGGAAUUUGGCCUCACUAGUAAGAGCCCCACAUCGCUUCCAUGCAUGGAGACAGUAGAUCCUUAGGCUUAAUAGAGUGAUUUUGAUCUGACUAAAACUAAACUAAAAAAGCAACACCAAUGUAAAGUGCAGCAGUAAUGAUAUACCGGGUUUACUGACCAUUACCACCACUGGAUUUUGCAAAUAUGAUGGUAUAGAAUUGCUGGGUUUAAUCUUUUUUACUGUCCUACAGUUCUUGAAAGAAGCUGCUUUUCAGAUAUGUACUGUUGCUGUGCAACAUAUUGCAGAGUAGCAUUGCACAUCGUGUAUAUCAUGAUAUGUGAGUGUGAUGCUAGUGAAUUAUGCUUAAGCCAGUAACACAAAAAGGAAUUCAACUAUGGUUGCAGAGUUGCUCUAAGCAUAAAGAAACACCCUGGCUGUGAUGGACAGCUUAGUUUGUAGUAUUUAUCUCUUUGAUGUAAUAAUGGACAUGGGAUUGUUGUUUGCUUUUUUGAGUCUGAGAAAAAAAAGCUGAGAGAAGUGAUCCAUGUUUGUAUUACCAUAACAACAAAAGUAGGGAAAAGGAACAUAAAACUGACUGUGCUGAGUAAGAGCACAGGUCUGUCCAGCCCAGUAGCAUGUCUUGAAAGGCCAUCGAUAAUGUCUGCCCAGGGGCAGACUGCAAGGGCAAUUUCCCUUGUAGAAUUUCCCCAGGGUACCUCCCCAGCCUCCAGCAAUUUGUGACUUAGUGACUUCCCAAUCCAGAAGUGGAUUUUUAUUUUUUUUUUCUGCUUAAUAGCCCUUGAUGGAAUUUUGUACCAUGAAUUUAUCCAAAUGAUUUUGAACUCACAUAAACUUAGAGCAUCCACAACAUCUUGUGGAAAAACGUGAGAGGAGAGAGGAUGGAUUUCUUUCAUCACUUCCAGUGAAUGACUGUGAGAGAAGCUUCUGAAUGAGAUCAUCUGACUGCAUUUGUGGAUGAAAGUAUUCCUUCUCUGCUGUGUAUUUUCAGCAGCAAACAACCUUAAUACACUGUUAACCAAAAAUGGGGAUAUUGUAGGGGAUAUUAUAGGUGUGCACUAACUUAAUAAAUCCAACUUUAAUUGCA